UUCAUCAUCACAAGAAUAUUGCACAGAAAUAACUGUAUUUCCUUAUUUAUUAUCAAAGCACAAUGAAAACAUGAAUGUUCAUUUAAUUAUUAUACCAUUGUACUACUUAUCUUUCAUACCAUCGGCUAUUACAAGUUCUUUUGAUGAUGUGACAUCAGAAACUCUUGGUGCUUCUGUCAAAGGCUUGAUAGCAGCCUUUGGGGACUAUAAUGCAAACAAAAACACAGACCUGUUUGUUAUUGGAGAUGCAGGCACUAGUGUUAAAAUUUAUCUUGCCACGAAAGAAGUGACAUCUGAUGAAAGCAAGUACCAGGAGAUAGUACUUAUAGAUGGAAAUACUGCUAAUGGAACCGUCAUUACAAGUGUUGUUCCUGCUGACUUUGAUGGUGACAAUCAGAUGGAUAUCCUGGUUACUAGGCAACUCAAAGAUGUGUCAGGGGUCAGAGUUCAGAUUUAUUGGGGACAUCAUCAGCAAACUAAAUUAGAACCAGUGCCUUUAGAAAUUCAGGGAGGAUUGAAAGAUCAACCGUUAGUAUUAGAUGCAAAUGGUAAUAUGAUUCCAGAUUUACUAGGUGAAAGUUUAGAUGGUAAAAGACAAUUUUAUAUAUUUCAGAAUGGACAUAGAAACUACACAACAAUGCCUGUGAACUCCACUGAUCCAUUAAAAUAUCCACAGAGUAGUGCAUUCCUAGAUCUCAAUGGAGAUCUAAUUGCAGAUUUGUGUAUUGUAUCAGAAAAAGACAAGAAACCACAGCUGGAGUAUUGGUAUAAUAAGGAUGGUACUUUAACAUUUGAAAAAGCAAUACCAUAUCCAACAGAUGCUAAAUUGUUUGGUCAGAUUACAUUCCUAGAUAUUGGAGCUAACAGAGCUGAAGGGAACCAUGUUUAUGGUAUUUUACCAGCUUGCACAGAUACUAAAUGUACCAAAAGUGUGUUGUAUGUGUUAACAGACUCUCAAGAUCAGUGGAGUAAAUUGGACUUGAAUAUAAAAUUAGACAAGAUGGACUGGAACUUUGUCCCCCCAGACCAAAAUCCUGCUGGAAUGGACAAAAUACCUAUCACUGUACGUGUAGGGGACUACAACUUAGAUGGAUAUCCAGAUCUGUUAGCAGUACUACGUAACACAUCACAAGAGGGGUUUCAACAGAAAGCAUUUAUCUUAGAGAACAUAGCUUGUUCUAAGUGUGCCACAAAAAGACAUUUUGGUUUUGGAUAUGAAGUACCAAUGCAUUCAGAUAAAGAAAAGGCUUUGAUACCAGCUUUCUAUGAUUUCCAAGACGAUGGUAUCCUAGACCUGAUAGUAACAACUUUUGGAGAAGACAGUAGUCCACAUAUACAUCUGUUAAAACACACUUUUACUGACGAUGCUUUCUUCCUAAAGGUGAAAGUUGUUAGUGGACUGUGCAGCACAAAUUGUCUCAAUGGUAGAGAGCCUUAUGGUAUAAACCAGCCUGGGCCUGCUGUUAAGUAUACAACUGAGGACAAUGAAGGGAGGUUACAGAUUGGCAUAGCUUCCCAGCUAACACAGUCGGCUCACUUCAGUUUACAGUUACCAUUUACAGUAUUUGGAUUAGGCCAGACACCAAACUUUGUAGACACAUUAGAAGUAGCCAUUCCAUAUCCUGUAGGAAAGCAAGCUAGAAAAAAAUCUUGGACAGCAGUGAUACCAAAUUCUCAGCUUAUAAUUAUACCUUACCCUAAUGACGACCCAUCCAGUUGGGUAAACAAAUUAUUUAUAACUCCAAGUAGACUGGUACUUUUGACUGGUGCUGCUUUGUUAGGUACUUGUGGCUUCCUUGCUGGUAUUGUAGGGAUACUUCAUUGGAGAGAAAAGAUUGAAGAUAAGAAAGAGAAACUCAUAGACUCACAUAAAUUUCACUUUGAUGCAAUGUGAUGAUAAGACAUUGUAGGACUUUACAAAUUUCUGUGCAAUUCCAUUUUUUGAUUGAGAGAAUGUCUUGAAUGAAGUAUGAUUUUAUGGAUGAGUAAAUGUAAAAAAGUAAUGUUUAAUCAGUAUUACUGUUGAACUGUCUUUUGAAAUCCCUCAACUGGUAAACUUUUAGAGCUAUAAUAAUAUUCCAUGUUGAUCAAAAGUUUAAAUACCUUGCUUGCAAACUUUGUCAAACAUUGUAAUUAAGAUUGACACUUAAAUUCAAUGGGUAGGCGGAGUAAGGGUCUGUUUACUAUAUACAAAGAUUUGAUUGGACAAUGCAUAUUAUUGUUUCCAGUUAGGCACUUAAAACAUAGGAUAUUCAUUGUCCAAUCAAAUCUUUGUAUAUUGUAAACUCCGCCUUUUUAUUGAAUUUAGGUGUCAAUCAUAAAAACAAUGCUUGAGCAUACCACCAAACAAAUUUAGCAAGCAAGGUAUUUAAACUUUGAUCAACAUGGAAUAUUAUAAUAGCUCUAAUCAUUCCUUGUUUUUGAAUAUAUGUUACUACUCCAGAGUUUAAGAUGGGAUAGAAUUCUGAAUAAAAGGAUAUAAAAACCACAGAUGUGUACAUGUCUUGCAAAAAGUAUUUAAUACAAUUUAAAUCAUCUAUUGUCAUUUUUGACAGAUAAUAUGCCCUUUAAAGAAAAAAAAUAUACUUGUUUUGAAGUGAUGAUGACUAAUUUAAUUUUGAUGUCUAUCAAACAAGUUGAAUUUGUUUGAUUUAUAAAGGAAUUAGUGCAUUUUGACCUCUAUAAAGGCAGUAAAGAGAAAUAACUUACUCACAUUACAUCAAUUAAAAAAUAUCUAUACUUUAAAAGAGAGCUUCCAACACUUGCUUUAAAUGAAACAUUUGAAAUAAAAAACUUUUUGAUUAAAUAAUUGACAUGUAUGGAUAUGCUGCAUUUUGUGAUCAAAUUGGAGUGACAGGCUCACAACAUAGAGAGUGCUUUGAUUAAAAUUCAUUGCAGAUAGUAUGAUGGUUGUGAAACUUGUGAUCAUUUGUAUUUCUAUUUUUCUAUUAUGUACCUGACAAGUAUGUGUCUAUUUGUUUUAUUUUUGUUUACUUAGUUACAUUAAUGUUUUUAAAUUUGUUAUUGUACUGUCUCCUUGUUAUAUCACAUUCUAUGAAUCACAAUAGUUUAUAAUAAAUUAUUAUUUUACCUGCACACACAUGUAUUGGUUUAAAAGAAAAAAAUAUUGGCUUUUCUAACGUCUAAACUUGUGUAGUGAUUCAUGUAUAGUAAAUAGCUGAAAAAAGAAAGAAUUUUUGAACACCGAUAGAAAAUCAACUGGUCUGCUAUACCUGAAUAUAAUGAAUUUUUAACUAGAACUAUUGUGCUGUGUUAGAUCUGAUACUAUUUUAUAUCUUCAGGUGUCCUUUUGUUUUUUGUGUUCUAUUAUUUGAUUUUUGUACAAUAUUCCAUGUUUCUCUUCUACACAUUUUUGUUAAGGGGCCAGCUGAAGCCCGCCUCUAAGUGCGGGAUUUUCUCGCUAUGUUUAAGAACCAUUGGUGGCCUUCAGCUGUUUUCUGCUCUUUGGUUGGGUUGUUGUCUCUUUGACACAAUCCCCAUUUCCAUUCUCAAUUUUAUUCUUACAAUUAUUUGUAUUGAAAUACUGUAAUUUCACAUGUUUUAUAAAAAUAGUUCAUUUUGAUUAAUAUAAUAACCUUUCAUGUUGUUGGAUAACUUAAUUGUGACAUUUUUAUAAGUUCCUUGCAUACUUCUUUCUUUGAUGGUAUCUGUUGGAUCUAAAUAUUGGUAAAAAAAAGAUAAUUAAGAAGUGAGUUCACGAUUUUUAAAUUUUAAGAAAUAUCAUACAAGCUUCGUUUAUUCUCAAAGAAGAAAGAAUUGUUUUAGAUAUAUUUUCAAUCAAUUUUGUGUAAUGGAUGUAGAAUAUUCUAUGAAAUUACAAGCAAAUUGAAAAUAUAUUUUUUGCACAACAAAUUUGAAUGGUCUGUCAUGAAUUUUCUUUAAAAAUCAUUAUAAAGAAAUUACCUCUGGAGUUACCAACAACAUUAUACCCCAGAGAUAAAAUGUUUCUGUAAGAACAAAUUUUCCUGAAAUGUACCAUUAUACUUUUCUUUUUUAUUAUCAUUGAAAUAUUGCAAACUCUUAAUUUAACUUAAAGCAUAUACAUUAACUUAAAAAAAAACUGUGUAUAAAUUGACCCAGUUGAAUCAAAUUUCCUAGUGAAAUACAUGAUAUACAUUAACUUAAACAAGAAAAUAUCUUAAAGAAGUCAUAGUAUAUACCAAAAUAGAGGUAGUGCAAAUACUAAAGACACUUUCAUACAAAAUUUGAAAAAAUAGUUUUAAUUUGACAUUUAUAUAUAUUGACCUUGUCAUAUGUGUUAAAUUUUUAAGCUGUCUUUAAAAAGGAAAAAAGCUGUAGUGAGUAUUAUUUAACCAAUACUUUCUGUAAAAUUUGAAGAUGUAUUGAAUUAUUAUGAAUAAUAUUCAUAUGAAACAUUAUUAUGUAAAGUAAAAAAUAGAUACAAGUUUAUAUUUUUCCUAUUUUGCUAUAAUAAAAACAUGGAAAAUAUUUAUAUACAUGUAUGUAUAUAUACUUAUCAUAUGUUUCUGAACUAAUUUAUUUUGCAUAUAACAAAACUUUCAUUGUUAUUUAAUGGUGAAAUAAACCUAUUUCACAAAUGA